AUGUCCAAUCCCUCUUCCGCCGCUGACCUGCUGGACAUGUUUGUGAAACCCGGGAAGUUCCGGCCUCCCUCUGGCAGAAUGAACCUGUCUGAGCUUCCCAACAUCCCAGGAGCCAGGAUGGGGGCAAGCUGCCACCAGCAGGGGCAGGGUGACUGUGGAAACAGGGUGGCUGACGCGGUCUGUAAGGGCGAUCCCGUGCUGAUGGUGAUGCUCGCGAUCCUGGUGGUGCUGCUGAUGGUGAUGCUGAUAGCAGCACUGUUAGUCACACUGACGAUGGGGAUGAUGGUGCUGAUGGUGCUGGUGCUGAUGGUGACGGUGAUAUUGGUGAUGCUGGCAGGAGCUCUGGGGCUUGCUGCCCCCCCCGCCCCGCCGCCCGCCCGGUUCGUGACUGAGCCCCGGGCGGCGUUUCCGGAGGCAGGCCAGGAGCCUGGGCUGCUGACGCACUUGCCGCCCCCCCCCCCCCCAGCCGGGCCGGGUGAGAAGAGCGAGCCCCCCAUCCCCCUUUCCCAAGUCCGGCCCCUCUUGGUUCCACAAGGAACACUGUUCCCUUUACCCUCCAGCCCGUCUCACGAGAGGUAA